AACUCCUGGCACGAGUCUCGAUGCAGUCCCCUUCCUUUGGCUAGAGAGCUCUACUGCCUAUAGCCAAUCUUUGACAAAGACGAUCACUUCCUUCCAACUACUGUAUUUUCCUUCAGUUUCUCGUUAAAAACAUUUGCUAAGAAAAUCGUCUAAAUCAGUUUUUCUUGGGAACUUCUAUCUUCUUUACACACCACAUUGGUGCUAAAUUUUCCCACUGACCAAUCAGUUGAAAAUUUCUCCUCCGCCACAUGGCUCCCCCAAAGAAAUCGAAGAAAAGCAAAAAGAUUUCAAAGAAAUUGAAGAAGAAACAGAAAAUCAAAAACAAAGGCGCAGCUGUAGCUCCAAUUGACCCUAAAGCUACUGACUCCGAUUGGUGGGACAGUUUCUGGCGCAAGAAUUCUUCGUCUUCAGAUGCUUCAAUACCAUGUGAUGAGGAAGAAGCAUUCAAGUAUUUCUUUAGGGUCUCAAAGAAGACUUUUGAAUACAUUUGUUCCCUAGUAAGGGAAGAUCUUAUUUCAAGGCCACCGUCGGGGCUUAUCAACAUUGAGGGAAGGCUUCUUAGUGUUGAGAAACAAGUAGCAAUUGCUCUAAGAAGGUUGGCAUCUGGCGAGUCUCAAGUCUCAGUCGGGGCUGCCUUUGGCGUUGGCCAGUCUACUGUCUCUCAAGUAACUUGGAGAUUUAUCGAAGCAUUAGAAGAACGAGCCAGGCACCAUCUAAAGUGGCCUGAUUCCAAUAGAAUGGAGGAAAUUAAGUUAAAAUUUGAAACAUUGUUUGGAUUGCCAAAUUGUUGUGGAGCCAUUGAUGCAACACACAUUAUUAUGACACUUCCAGCUGUUGAAACCUCGGAUGAUUGGUGUGACCAAGAAAGCAAUUACAGCAUGUUCUUGCAGGGUAUUGUUGAUCAUGAAAUGAGAUUUCUUAAUAUUGUGACAGGUUGGCCUGGGGGAAUGACAGUGUCGAGAUUAUUGAAGUGUUCUGGAUUCUUUAAACACUGUGAAAAUGGAGAAUGUUUGAACGGAAAUUUAAGAAAAUUAUCUGAAGAAAUGGAGAUCAGAGAAUAUAUUGUUGGUGGGGUUGGCUAUCCUCUUCUUCCAUGGCUUAUAACUCCUGAUGGAAAUGACCAGCAUUCAGAAUCAAAUCCCACUUUCAAUGCAAUGCAUGAGGCAGCAAGAUUGCUUGCAGUGAAGUCAUUCUUGCAGCUAAAAGGCAGUUGGAGAAUCCUUAACAAGGUUAUGUGGAGGCCGGAUAAAAGGAAACUACCGAGUAUUAUCUUGGUAUGUUGUUUACUCCACAAUAUUAUAAUUGACAAUGGAGAUCAGUUGCAUCCUGAUGUUGCUUUGUCCGGUCAUCACGACUCCGGUUAUGGAGAACAGUGCUGUAAGCAAGUUGAUCCACUGGGAAGAACCUUGAGAGAGAAUCUGGGAAAGUACUUGCAGCAUACCAAAGAGAAAUCUUUAUCCAAUUAAUCAAGUACAAGAUUAUUUUGUUGCUCCAACGUUAGGAUGCACUUUUAAGUUUGACGAACAGAAUCCUCUCAUGCAAAGGAUCUUUGAGAAUGCAUAAGCAUUGAGCUAUUACUAACGUGGACCUCUUCUUCUUAAUCUCAUUUAAUAUAAUAGAUUUUGGACGUUGAAGUAGUAGGGAAAAUUUGAAAGCAAAAUAGGACUUACCCAUGGGCGCAUCAGACGUUUAAUCUGCAUUAGAAUUUUAUCAGCAACAAUUUUCUGUUGAGAAUUUCAGUAGAGUUUUAACUCUGCGAAUGUUGCUGAUAGGUCUGGCAAGUGAAAUUUUUCCGGGAAAGUAGGAUUGCAGGUAGUGAGACAACUCGAACAUAA